AUGGAGACCAUCAAGCAACUGUCAAAAAGGCUUCUUCUAAAGGAGUAUCUGCAGCUGAGGGAGGACUACAUGACCACCGAAGAUAAGCUGAAGAAAAAACUUCAGAAGGAGAGGACAAAGAGCGAACUUCUCCAAGAAGAGCUGGAGAAGAAGAAAGCUUCAAACACUGACUUCCAGGAGAGUGAGUCAGAGGUCCCUGCUCAGCAACAACAGGCUGCUUUCCUAAACCCUGAAACUGAUGAGAAAUUAAAGUCUCUGGAAGACAGGGUGCUGAACGACCAGCGUGUUAUCACCAACCUGACGGCUGAACGGGACACCCUCACACAAGAGGUGGCAGAUAUCAACACCCUGAAAGAAGAGGCCAUCAAGAAGCAGGAGGAUCUCUUGGAGGAGAACGAGGAGCUGAAACAUGAACUCAGCCUCAAGAAAUGUCUUGACCAGGAGAACGAGGAGCUGAAAGAGAAGAUCAAAACCAGCCAGGAAGAGUUCAACACUGAGCUCCAGCUUGCAAAACAGAACAACAUCCUCCUCCAACAGCACUAUAACGCUCUAAGAGUCGCAUACCAGAAGCUCGGUGAGACGUACCAAACACAGGUCGUCACUGUUAGAAAUCAGGCUGUAAACGUUCAAAACCAGCUGAAGAAGCAAGUCCAGUCAAAUGCAAACAGGAAGAGGGAAGACCAGUGGCUCAUCAGGAAGUUAAAAACUGACCUGAAAGCCCUCCGAGGAAAAACAACAGCGACCAUCAUCUCCCAGAAAAAAUACUUCUUUAAGAUUGAGCAAUCAGCUCAACUCUCUGAGAGAAAUUCGAGAAAAAUACGACGACCUGAAAGAGGAACACAAUAUCAGACAGGAGGAGUUCAACGCUGAGCUUCAGCUGGAAAAACAAAAAAAUGUGCUUCUCCAAGAGGAUCAUGAGAGUCUCGGAGAGUCGUACAUAGAGCUCAGUAAAAAAUAUGAAGCCGUGAUCAUUACUCUCCAACAGUGGGCUGAAGAGGUCAGUCAGCAGGGACCAACCAUCCAAGUCCGGGAUGAGCCUGAGGACUCAGAGAUCAACAGUACUGAGACCGCAACGACCCUAACACCCCAGGAAGAGCCUGAAGCAGUGACUCCAGUCAGUGAGAGAGACUCCAGUCGAUGAGACAGAGACUCCAGCCACUGAGACAGAGACUCCAGUCAGUGAGACAGAGACUCCAGUCGGGGAGACAGCGACUCCAGCCACUGAGACAGAGACUCCAGUCAGUGAGACAGAGACUCCAGCCACUGAGACAGAGACUCCAGUCAGUGAGACAGAGACUCCAGUCGGUGAGACAGCGACACCAGCCACUGAGACAGAGACUCCAGUCAGUGAGACAGCGACUCCAGCCACUGAGACAGAGACUCCAGCCACUGAGACAGAGACUCCAGUCAGUGAGACAGCGACUCCAGCCACUGAGACAGAGACUCCAGUCAGUGAGACAGAGACUCCAGCCACUGAGACAGCGACUCCAGCCACUGAGACAGAGACUCCAACCACUGAGACAGAGACUCCAGUCAGUGAGACAGCAACAUUUUCUGGGUUUGAGGAAGCCAACGUCCUGGAAGAAGAAGGAGCAGGAGACUACAUCAACUCCUCACUCCCAUCGCCCCCCAUAACCCUUCCCUCCCUGUGUGGGUUUACUCCGGGUAACUCCGGUUCCCACACAUAGAUGCAAUUACUAAAACUAAAACAAUUAAAAUAAAACUAAACAAACAAAUGA